AGAGAAAAGUGGUCGUGUUCGGUGGUGCACUCAUUCAGACAGUCAACUGUCAAUGUCGUUGGAUCUUUGGAAGAGAUUAAACAGAACCAGAGAAUGACAAUCAUCUUUGAAUAUUGUGGUUUAUCAUAGACUUAUCCCAGGUUCAAAGUUCAUGAAGUUGAGACAUGUAUUAUGCAAUUUACAAGACAAUGAUGGCUUGUACAUGUAGUCCGACAGCAUUGGUACUCCAGCUGUAAUUGAAGUGAGAUCCAAAUUUAACGCUUGCGAUACCUAGACUAUAUUAUACCCAUCACAAUGUCUGCGUAUGUGGGAAUUCAGAGGCUUCCAAGUAGAGGUAGUUCAAAAGAGUACUGGAACAUUGCAACGACAUGUCCGAUCUCCAGCGAGAAGCCUCCGACACCUCCUCGGCCUCAGAAACUGUUUCGUCCACCUCGACCAACUCCUACACCUGUUGUUGAACAUAGAGUCCAGAAACAUGGUCCAGAAAACUUCCCACAGACACUUAGCCUGGACUUACAACCUCAUGAAAGAGACGGUGAUCUGUCACAGUUCCUUUUUGAGAUGAAAUUACCUCAACCUAUCACACUUUCCGAGUCGUUUGUGGUUCCUGGUUCAAAUACUACACUCAAUACAGAUGACGUUCUCUUGCUUCAUUUCAUCUAUGACAACCCUAUUGUCCAUGCGACUACAACAAAAGGAACAAAACUCCGGCUACCAAUACAUGCUGAGCAAAAAUAUGAGAUUCUCCCACUAGAUCCCCGUUUGGACGAUGUCGAGUACGAAGGGACAAUCGAACUGAUGAACGCUGAUCCCUUACCAAUCAAUGUACGGGUUCUCGAAGCACACUGUUCCACUCGUCAAGAUGAAAUGCAGGAUGUUGACGAUAUCAUCGAAAUUGAAGGAUUUGAGCAUGACAACGAGCGCGGCAAGCUUCUUGUUGGCAAGUGUGGAACACUACCUAUCAAAUAUUCAGUGGAUCUGGAUUCCUGUAUAUACACUACGAUGGUUUCAUCAAACUUCCAUCGGCUGACUGAACUCAAAGACCACAAAUUUCCACAGAGAGUUCGUAUUCCAGAUGAGGGGAAGGCGUUUUCUGAAAGAAAUUUCAAAGAAGAACAAGUACUUCACCUGAACUCGUAUUCCACUAAUAAAUGCAUCGUAGCAACUCGGGCUGAUGACCCCCAUAUUUACUCCAUACCAAUGACCACGCCCAUUAAGUUCACCCACGAUCCAAUCACGGCAGCGGAGAAACACAUCCUGGAUAUGUUACCUGCCUUGUACCCCCUUGUGAACACCAGCUGGGGUUUGGUUGAUCCUACGCAGGAGGUGCUGAAGCCAUCCAUGGAGACCACUCCACAUCCUAUGCAACGAGUACUGGAAGCCUGGAUUGAUAGUGAAGAAGGGAAGGCAUACGCAUGUGAAAUGGCAGAGCAGCAAGAGGACGACAUUAGAGAAGAGGUGACGGUGGCACACAAGGAGAUGAGAAGAAUGAAAGCAGAAUUAGAUUCCUUCAAGAACAGAAACUCGAUCCAACAGACGCCUACAGACGCCUCAGCCCCAUUGAGACCUCCUAGACCUAAACCAGAGAACAAGCCUCCAGACAUUCCAAAAAGACCGUUUGCAUCCUCUGAAGGACCCCCUAAGUUACCCCCUCGUCCUGCAGACAGUAACACAGCAUCGGCGACUACCGAUUCGGCAUCGGACUGUGAUGAAUAUGAGGAGGUGGAAGUGACCAAAGAGCCUAAAUCCAAAGAUGCUUCACCUGAUAUUCUCAGGACAAUGAAAGAUAUCUUGACGAAGAAGGAAAAGGAACUACAAGAAGAAAAACAACGCGUAGCAUUUUGGAAAAAGAAAUGCGAGGCCCUCGAAGUGGCAGCAACUUUUAUACCUGAUUAUGAAGAACUACCGGAACUGCCCAAUGAUCCUCUUGAUCGUCUUGAUGAAGAUGAUUACCUCGCACCAAUCCCCUAUGUACCGCCACCACAACGCCAAGCUCCGGAUCGGCCACCGACUGUUGAUCUUCGUCAUAAAUCUGGUCCUCGAUCCAUUCGGCCGUGGACUGUAGCAGAUGUGGGAAAAUUUCUGCUACAAAAUGGCAUGGGGCAAUAUGUGGAAGUUUUCCGGAAGAACGAUGUCAAUGGUUCCUUACUUGCUGACCUUCAAGAAUGCCACCUUCAAGAUCUCAACAUGACUCCACAUCACGCUUCUAAACUGAGAGAGAAAUUGAACAAAAUUGGAAGACGUUCCUUCACGCUGCAACGAUAGUUGAAUUGCAGUCAUUUCUUUAUCACCACUCUAGGAUCAAGAGUUAGAACUAAAGGGGGCGCUCGUAAACCAAAACCUGACAUACAAAAUAUAGAGUUACUUCGAAAAAGACAGUGCUUCUUCUGGAUCCUCCACUACAUCCCUAUAGCAUUUUUGUUGUUAUUUUAAUCAGAGCAAAUAUGAUUCUUACCUCAAUGUGAAAUAAUAUACAAUUUCAUACAUUUUUGUGUGUGUGCUCAAGGCACGACUAAUACCCAAAUGACAAAGAGUCGAUCCAAUUAUUUUCACUAAUGUGAUACCGAAAACUAUAUAUCCUUUCAAGGACGUGUUUAUUUAUAUUCCGGAAUCAGUAUAAAUCAUACAAAUACAUGUACUACUAAUCCGCUUUGAACUAUAUGUCUAUUUUUUAAUGUAAAUUCAUUACAGAGGCCUUUGAAAAUGUAUUAUACAGAUGAUGCUUAUUCAUGCUACGUACCAUUGCAUGUCUUUCAAAGUUUAAUGUUUGAGAAGGUGUCAUGGUUCUGUACAAUACCUAAAGGUAAUCUUCAAUGACGUCACGGAAAGGAAUAUUGUUGUUCUUAUUUCAAUGAUCAUAUCGCUGUUUUAUACAUUUGUUUCAAUGCUUAAAACAAUCAGUGUUUUUUUUUCUUCUCUCUCCCGAUACUCGGAUUUUACUCGGAAGGUCAAUAUGAUCGAAUUUCAGCAAAUCGUGUAAAGUUUGAUCAUUACAUACCUUUAGAUUUUGUCAUGUAUUUAAUGACAAAUAAGUGCGUGAGAAUGCACAUUUGCCAUAGCUUGAAGGAACAAAGUAUUAUUGCUAUGGUAUAUGAAAUAAGGUGUUGAAAAUGCCCUUCAGUUAAUUUCUCGAAAUUCUGUGCGAUCGUGAUUAGAUAACAAACAUAAAAACAAUAGCGCAGAUAGAAAGGGGAGAAGAUAAAAGGUUUACAACAAGGUAUACUGAACAUUGCUAGUAGUGAUAUUUUAGAUUCUGACUUCUUCGGAUGAAUAUUAUGAAACUACACGCGAAGUUUUCUUUUCUUGCCAGACCAAGAAUGAUACUUUUUUUCUAUCACACUCAUAAACUGUCAUUCAUAAUGAAAUCACUCUUGUUGACAUUAAAAAACACAUCUACACCAUAAGGAGCCCGAUGCGUAAAUCGAUCAAAUUGUUUCGCAUCCAAUGAUUCAACUGAAUAUGCGCCCACAAUUUACAAUAGAACAAAAACGAUCAUCACAAGCUUCUGUCUGUGAUUUGUUGACCAUUUAUACAGGUUUCAUUCGCCCCCUCGUCGAGUAUGCUACCCCCGUUUGGCACCCAGAUCUUACCUUCUCCCAAACAAGUCAAAUUGAGAUGGUGCAAAAACGUGCCAUUCGUUUGAUCAUGGGUUCAGCACGAUAAAGCGCUAGAAUACACACAUCUGGAGAAAAUUGAAGCUAGAAGGAUUC